GUCGAUGGGAGGAAGGGAUCCCAAAUAGGUUCCUUUUUUAAACCUUAUUGGUUCUUUUGAGCUACAGGGUCUAGAUUAAGGUGCUUCUUAUCUUUCCUUUUGAAUUUGGGUUCUGGAAAAUGAAUGGGAUUGAAGAAGAAAACCCUAUUGUUUUCGAGAUUGCUGUUGUGGUUCCCGGAAGGAGCCUCAAAUUAGAAAACGAGGGUUAUGAUUGUGUUGAGGUUCUUGUUAAUGAGUUCAGAAAUGUGGGCUUUUUCGUUGACAGAGUUCUUGGCCUCCACGAUGAAUUUAUCAAGCUGGCAGCACCAUUAGAGACUUUGGGAGUAGUAGCAGCCAGGCUGCAUAUGAAGAAGACCACUCAUAUUGGAGUUGAUUUACCAUUUGAGUGGGAAGAGAUUGAAGCUUUCAUGCGGCAGCCUGAUGGCUCUUUAUUCAGUUGGUGUGAGCGUUUCCAGUGCUACCGUCACUUGAUACAUGAAACUGUUAAUAAGAAGAACUCAGACAUAACUUUAAAAUUUGAUGGCAAAGAGAUCCAUUGGGAACCUGGGGAAUCAUUACUGCAGAGGUUGGAACUCGAAGGAAUUGUUAAACAAGUUUUCCCUUUACACGAUGAAACAAAGAGGAAGAAACUACUGCGGAGUUGGGCAUUAAAUUGGUGGGACUUGACAUCUCAACCAGUUGAUGAGAUAUAUGUGUAUUACGGGACUAAGAUUGCAGUUUAUUUUGCCUUUCUUGGAAUGUAUACACGUUGGAUGAUUUUUCCAGCUGCUUUUGGUCUCAUCUUGCAUUUUGUUGAUUUCGGAUCAUUAAAAUUGCUAGUAUUCCCUGCUUUCUUCAUAAGCACAGUAUUGUGGGCAGUGUUGUUUUUCCAGUUCUGGAAACGUAAAAACUCUGCACUUUCAGCCAGGUGGCAUCUUAAUUAUUCUGUCGGAACAAGCCAUGGAUACAAAUUAUCAGGGAGGGAGUGGAACUGUCUACAGCCUCCCGUGGAACUUGUAAAAGGUUCGGGAAUAGAUAAAACAAAAGAGAGAGAAGAUUUGCAAAGAUACGAAUGGUUUGGUUAUCUCAGACGAUUUAGGAACGAUGUUUUUGUUAUUUUGAGUAUCAUUUGCCUCCAAUUGCCAUUUGAGUUGGCUUAUGCUCACCUCUAUGAGGUCAUCGAGUCCGAUAUUGUGAAGUUCGGUUUAACUGCGGUUUAUCUUCUGGUUAUUCAGUACUUCACAAAGAUCGGGGGGAAGCUAUCAAUCCGACUCAUUAAGCAUGAAAACAAUGACAGUACCGAAAAUCAAUCUGACAGUUUGGUCUACAAAGUGUUCGGUCUUUAUUUUAUGCAGUCAUAUAUUGGGGUUUUCUAUCAUGCUCUUUUGCAUCGUAACUUAAUGACCCUUCGCCAAGUAUUGAUCCAGCGUCUCAUUCUUUACGAGGUGUUGGAAAAUCUAUUGGAAAAUUCUUUGCCAUAUCUAAAGUACAGCUAUAAAAAGUUUAGAGCUGUUAGAAACAAGAAAAAACGCGAGAAAGGUUUGACUGGAAAGAUACAAUUCGCUACCAGGGUGGAGAAAGAGUACAUGAAACCCACAUAUUCUGCAAGCAUAUGUGAAGAACUGGAAGAUGGGCUGUUUGAUGAUUUUCUGGAGUUGGCACUUCAGUUCGGAAUGAUCAUGAUGUUUGCCUGUGCGUUUCCCCUUGCAUUUGCAUUCUCUGCCUUGAGCAACAUCGCCGAAAUGAGAACGGAUGCCCUGAAGCUGCUUGUGAUUUUGAGACGGCCUGUUCCACGAGCCGCUGCUACAAUUGGAGCUUGGCUGAACAUUUUUCAGUUCCUAAUAUUGAUGUCAAUAUGCACCAAUUCUGCACUCUUAGUAUGGUUAUACGAUCAGGAAGGAAAAUGGAAAAUCGAGCCUGGCCUUGCAGCCAUUCUCGUAAUGGAACAUGUUCUGCUGUUGAUCAAAUUUGGGUUCUCCCGCUUUGUUCCCGAGGAACCUGCAUGGGUGAGAGCGAAGCGGAUGAAGAACGCAACACAAGCUCAAGACAUGUGUUCUAAACAGCUUUUGAGGAGCAUUUCUGGGGGAGACAAGGCAUUUGGGCAUUAUACUCCGAAAAAAGACAUCUGAUGGAACAAACAAAACAGAUUAAUGCCGAAAUCACUGGUUUGUAUCCUAGAGUUCCAUCAGACACAUUGCCAAACAAAGAUCGACAAAGGCGACGCUUCCAUCGAUGAUUGAAUCUAAGCUCACUUUCAAAGAUGUAUAGGUUUUGCUUUUUGCUUCACUUUUUUCCUCUUGUAAAUUCUAGUAGUUUAUUCCGGAUUCUCCACAACUGUCUGUUUAUCUUCGAAUCAGUUGAAUCUCAAAGCAAGUAGUUUAUUUUGGCAGAAUCAAACUCUCAAUGUAUUUCAACAAAA